CAGCGCAGGGCCACGUUGCUUUGCUGUGCCGGAUAGCACGAUCUCAGCCAUGGCUUCCGCAGACUCCCGGCGGGUGGGGAAUGGCGGCGGUGUCCGGGGCGCCUUCCAGCCAUACCUGGACUCCUUGCGACAGGAGCUGCAGCAGAGGGACCCGACGCUGCUCUCAGUCGUGGUGGCUCUCCUCGCGGUGCUGCUGACGCUGGUGUUCUGGAAGUUCAUCCGGAGCAGAAGGAGCAGUCAAAGAGCUGUUCUUCUUGUUGGCCUUUGUGACUCUGGGAAAACAUUGCUUUUUGUCAGAUUGUUAACAGGCCUUUACAGAGACACUCAGACUUCCAUCACUGACAGCUCUGCUGUGUACAGAGUCAACAAUAGCAGGGGCACUAACCUGACCUUGAUUGACCUCCCUGGUCAUGAGAGCUUGAGACUUCAGUUCUUAGAGCGGUUUAAAGCUUCAGCCAGGGCUAUCGUGUUUGUUGUGGAUAGUGCAGCCUUCCAGCGAGAGGUGAAAGAUGUGGCAGAGUUUCUGUAUCAAGUCCUCCUUGACAGUGUUGGUCUGAAGAAUACACCAUCAUUCUUAAUUGCUUGCAAUAAGCAAGACAUUACAAUGGCAAAAUCAGCAAAGUUAAUUCAGCAGCAGCUUGAAAAAGAAAUCAAUACUUUACGAGUCACCCGUUCUGCUGCCCCCAGCACCCUGGACAGUUCCAGCACUGCCCCUGCUCAGCUGGGAAAGAAAGGCAAAGAAUUUGAAUUCUCACAGUUGCCCCUCAAAUUGGAAUUCCUGGAGUGCAGUGCCAAGGGGGGAAGAGCGGAUGCUGGCUCUGCUGACAUCCGGGACCUGGAGAAGUGGCUGGCCAGAAUCGCCUGAGGGCUGGAUCCAAAUACAAGACAUGACUGUGUGUAUGUGACUGACAGUUGUGGAAAAGGAUGUGGUAGUCUGAAAUUGAUGAAGAAGGGGCACAGAUAUAGUUAGGAACUUUUGCUUGUUCUGGAAACAAAUUAUUGAUGAAACCAGUGUGGAAUUUUUUUUUAAGUUCAGUUCUCCCUGAUUGCUUUCAAGCCAGUCACUUCUAUCUGAUUCGUCUUCCCUUUGUAAAGUGUAUGCAAGGUCCGUUUAGCAUAUUCUUGAUGUAAGGUUAAGGUCUAACAAGCGGACCUCACAUAGAGGAUAUUAUCAUGAGAAUAAGAUAUCAUCCAAAAUGUUUUCUUGUCCUCUGCUUCUGUGCUUUGGUCCCUUUUUCCUGGAAAUAUACCUGUCUGUGUCUGGAACUGGGUGAUUUCCAGUUUCCCUUGAGGUUCAUGGGCAGUACAUCAUCUAGUCCUCUGUGAAUUUUCAGAUUUGUAGGUACAAGUACAAUAUGGUCUCCCGACAUGUGAAGGCAGGUUGAAAACAGCAAGGCUGUGGUAACAGUGGUCUGUUCUUCAUCAGCUCAGUGACUUGUCCACACUCCAGCCUCAUAGCACGUAGGUUUCAAAAACAUGUUGUGACCCUUGGAGUCUUCCCAGAUGAUAGAACUGUAAGUGAUAAAUCCCCAGAUGCCACUAAAAUGCACACUAGAAAUGUACAUUCUUAGUGGUUUCCCUUAACUGGGGAGUAUAUGAGGAUGUAGAAGCUGAUCUGUGUUUCUGGAUGCAUGAGUGCUCCUGGGCCGUCUUCACAUGCUGUUUGAUGAGCUCCUAUUUUGUACUCUCAGCUUGACUGCUGUGGAACAAAUAGAAGAUGAAAAAAGUUCUCUGUAGAUUUUUAAAGUGCAUAUUCACUGGUGGGUUUGUUGUUUUUUGUUUGGUGUUUUGUUUUUAAAACGCAUUUUCAAAGUGGUGUUCUUUGCUGUUUUCUUAAAUAUAUGGCUUUUUUAAUGGCUUUUAUAAAUGAUUAGUACGUUUCUUGGUAAAUAAAACAACCUGUCUAGCUCUAAGCAUUUAAAUAGAGUGUAAGAGUAGGUACAAAUGGAGCACAUGUUAGGAUUCAGGCCUAACUCCAAGUUUCCAGGGCCUAAUGAUUGCAGUGUACAUAGGAACAAACUCUUCAAUGCCUACUUCACACGCUCAGGGACAAGCCAACUAAAGUCUGAAAGGAGACAAGGGUGGCUGUGGAUAAGUGAGACACACAUCCCAGAACAGCGCGGGAAGGACCGUAACAGGAGAAGGUGCAGGGCAUCCCGGGAGCGUGUGGUGGGGUGCCUAACCUGGCCUUGAGGGAUGGGGAGAGGCAAAGGAGAAAAGCACGGAGCCGGUGGUGUCCCAGUGAGUGUGGCCCCCACGUACAUGCACUACAGCCCAGGCCUCUGCCUGCUGUCUCCCCUUCCUGUGUGUCACUCUGGCCCUGAGUGAGGGGACCCCAGGGCACCUCCUCCCCCACCCCCACCCCAUGCAUCACACACGUUGCUGCUGGAGUAUGAAAUAAACCCAAGCUGACGUGAGAAGACGGUAGAGUCCGACCCUGGAAGGGUUCUUAUUGGGUAGCCUCACCGCUGCUCAUGUUCUUACUGUCUUUUGGACUUUCUUGCCCUUUCCUUAUUAGCCAAGUAGUAAUUUAAGGAAAUAGGUAAGAACAAUGAACCAGAAACCCAGAAGGAAUGUGAUGAAUGUGGCAUGUGCACAUAAUCAUAGGUAGUGCUCACCUGAAUAAACAUCGAUGGCUUGAUGCUACCGUUAAGAGGCAUGUG